UAACAAAAAAUUAAGUUUCGAUAAUAUCUUCUUCAUUUUUAGAGAUAACGUGAUAUCAAAUAAUUGUAUAUAAAUAAGGAAAUACACCACUUUUCAGGCUGAAAAUAUAUUUUACAAGACCACUUAGAAUUUUUCAUCGAUUUUUAUAUUUUCAAUAUUCUUUUGAACAAUGCAAUUUUUCUGACGAAAAAGAAAAAAACCCUUUUCUAUUAUUAAAAACUUGUGCUUAAACCUUCAUUAGACAAUGAUAAUAGAAAAUAUUUGCUAAAGAUGUUGGUAUUUGCUCUUUUAAUAAUUCUGAUAAUUUUCUGCAUUCAGUUGUUUUUUCGGAAAGAGACUCGGCUCUGCCAUUUAAAGAAGUUACCAGGUAUAAGACCGCAAUUUCUUAUAGGGAAUAUUGCAUGGAUCCUAAAAUUAUAUGCAAGAGAAGGAAAAUUUCACCCUGGAGUUUAUAUAAUUGAACGUAUAAUGGGAACCAAUUUAUUGUUUCAAAAGCAAGGACUCCACUGCUUCUGGGUUGGAUUCAAUCCGAUAAUAUCCGUAUUUUCUCCACAAUUACUCGAAAUUGUCCUUAGUAGCAACAUUUCUUUAGAAAAAUCUUUCGAAUAUGUGUUUUUAGAAAAAUGGCUUGGUCGUGGUCUUCUUACUAGCACGGGACCAAAAUGGCGAACCAGACGUAAGCUGCUGACACCAUCUUUCCAUUUUCGAAUUUUAGAAGAUUUCCUGCCAACUUUUAACGAUCAGUCUUUGGUACUUGUGAAGAAGCUUCAGUCACUUCAGCAUGAAGAAUACGUUGACAUCCUGCCAUCAGUUAUAUUGUGCACUUUGGAUAUUGUUUGUGAAACCGUAAUGGGUGCUCAGAUUGGUGCUCAAAAAGGAGAGAACAUAGAAUACGUGACAGCCAUUCACAACUUAGCUGACUUUUUUAACCAGCGCACUAUACGCCCCUGGCUUUGGUAUGACACUUUAUUCAGCCUGACCAGCUCCGGAAGAGGAUUUGACAGAGAUCUGAAAAUUCUGCAUGGCUUUACUGAAAAGGUAAUUCGAGAAAAGAAGCGAGAAAGAUUAUCUCGUAAAACUUCUGCAGAAAACGAGGAAGAGGAAAAUGAGUUCCAAAGUAAAAAGAGAAAAGCAUUUAUGGAUUUGCUACUAGACUUGCACCUGGAUCUACAACAGCUGUCUGAACAGGACAUCCAAGAAGAAGUGGACACCUUCAUGUUCGCAGGUCAUGACACAACAGCCAUGGGCAUAGCCUUCGCUCUGUAUAGCAUCGGCCUCAAUCCAAAGAUACAGGAAAGGGUCCAUGAAGAACUUGACAAUAUCUUUGGGAAAGAUGUUGAAAGGCACAUCACAAUGGACGAUGUUCGAAACAUGAAAUAUCUUGAAUGUGUCCUCAAGGAAUCUCAAAGACUAUAUCCAUCAGUUCCAAUGAUUGGACGAAAAUUAAAUGAAGACAUUAAUUACAACGGAAUGUUUAUUCCAAGGGAUACUGAACUCCACUGCAACAUCAUUAGUGUGCACCGGCGAGACGACAUAUACCCCAACCCCGAAGUGUUUGAUCCGGAAAGAUUUCAGCCCGAGAAUUCAUUGGAUCGACAUCCGUAUGCUUUUAUACCAUUCUCAGCAGGUCCUCGCAACUGCAUCGGUCAGAAAUUUGCUCUUCUAGAAGAAAAAGUUGUGAUUUGUAACAUUCUAAGGCAUUUCAAAAUAGUAUCUCUAGAUCAGAGAGACCAAUUUCACUUGAAGGUAGAAUUUACUCUGAGACCUGCUCAGCCGGUUAGGCUGAAAUUUAUACCCAGGAGAUGAUUAUUUUGUCUGGACUUUUAUUCAUAAUAAGUUUUAUAUAGAUUAAACAAA